CUCCUCUGCAGGAAACAGAAGCGCCUCCAACAACUUUUCAAUUCGCGAUUUUGUUUGAAAUUUCUAUUUUUUAAUCAUGAUCAGAGCACCGUAUAAGAAGCCUGGUGCAGACCAGCAGCGUCAAGCGGGCCCCCAGUGUUGAACCAACCCAGACAUCGGUGCAGGAUGUGUUGACAUCUCCUUGUUGUUCCUUUUUCCCCCCCUCCAAAAUGGAGCAAUCUUUGCAAGGCUGCUCUUUAAAUAUAUCAAAACUGCUCCACAACAACAGCAUGCCAGUAAAUGCCACUGGAAAUUACACCUGCGACCAAGUCACUGAAGUCAACCUCAUUGAUAUCCUGGGUCCAAAACGAUCUCCCUUUUUCCUCCCUGUCAGCAGUGUUUACCUUCUCAUCUUCCUCGUUGGCUUGUCUGGGAAUCUUCUCACCUGUGUAGUGAUAGCAAAACACAAGAAGAUGCGAAACCCCACCAACCUCUACCUGUUGAGCCUAGCUUUGUCGGACCUUCUUGUUCUACUGUUCGGGAUGCCUCUGGAGAUCUACGACCUGUGGCAGAACUACCCCUUCCCCUUUGGUGAGGGUGGCUGUUACUUCAAAACCUUCCUCUUCGAAACAGUCUGCUUCGCUUCAAUCCUCAACGUUACAGCUCUGAGCGUGGAGAGGUAUAUAGCUGUGGUGCACCCGCUCAAAACACGGUACCUGUCGACUAACAAGCACGCCAAGCGGGUCAUCACCAUCGUGUGGGUGGUAUCCAUGAUCUGUGCAAUCCCCAACACCUCCCUGCACGGCAUCUACUACCUGCCAGGGAGGAUGGAGGAGACAGCCAUUUGCACUGUGCUGAAGCCCCUGUGGAUCUAUAACAUGGUCAUGCAGAUUACCACUGUGUGCUUCUAUUUUGUGCCUAUGAUGGUGAUCAGCGUGCUCUACCUGGUGAUGGGCCUUCAUUUGUGCAGAGAAAGAAGGCAGCCAAGCGGGAACCUGGGAAGGAACUGUAGCAGCAACAUUCGGAAGAAGAUGUCAAUGAACGGGCGCAGGAGACAAAUCAACAAGAUGCUCUCGAUCGUGGUGGCGGUGUUUGGAGUCUGCUGGGCGCCCUUCCACAUCGAGAGACUCCUUUGGAGUUCCAUCAGCCAGUGGACCGAUUUGAUGCACAACAUUUAUCAGUACGUCCACAUCCUCUCGGGUGUCUUCUUUUAUCUCAGUUCUGCAGUCAACCCCAUCAUCUACAGUCUGCUGUCCACACGGUUCAGGGAGUGUUUCCGCGAACUCGUUUGCUCCCAGACGGAGGAAAACAGCUCUGUCAGAGAUUCGCCACCAUUCCCUAAAAUCUUACUUGAACCCUCUGUCUCAAGUACCAGAGCACAGGUUGAGGACAAGGACUCCAACACUUUCAUUCCUUUGCUGUCUCCUAACAUGACACUGAGCAUUGACACUACAAUCCUCGCAAAUGCAUGCAGAGAGAAGACCUGUAAGACCUCUGUGUUCUAAUUGAGGCUUUAUUUAAAUAAGCUAAAAAGCAGUAGAGAAGCCAUUGUUGGACAUUUUGGACAAAAAUUGUUAAAUUCUCUUCCUGAGAGUUGAAUAAAAAGAUUGAUAACACUGAUAUCUGUUAAAUAUGAAUCUUGGCUUAGUAUAAAAACAGAAAACAAGUAUCCUGGCUCUGUCCUAAAAUACCAAAGGUCACCUACUUGUUGGUCUUAAACUCAAGGAUUAACACCACAUAAUAAUUAUGAGUUGAAGGGUGCUGAAAGUUCUUUUUUUUAAAUAUUUUGGACAGAGCCAGGCUAGCAAUUUGUCAUCUUUAUGCUAAGCUAAAUUAAGCUAACUUGAGAAGGUAUUGAACGUGGUCUAGCUACUGGCAAGUGAGAGAGCAUUUUUCCCAAAUGUAACAUUAUUUAAACUUAUUACACCGCUCAAGAGCUUGUAAGUGAACUUCAAUUUUGCUGGUUUGUGACAAUGGAUAAUAUUGUUGAACAGUGCCUACAUAUUUCACCUGCUGUCUUAUUCUUUAACUGAUGUAUGCCUUAGAACGGAAUUUGAAAGGGGGACAGUCAAAUCCUCUCUGAAAGGUACAAUGUUGGACUAGUUUUUUUUCGUUAUUGUACAUUAACGUGUUGCUGGGCUUCAAAAACAGUUCACAGACUUAUCUGUGUUCCAGUGAAACUUGUUAACAAAGAAUGAAAUACGCAAGCUUUUCCUGAUCUUGUUUUGUCUUUUAUUGGAAGAGCAGCAUUGUGUUCAUGAAUUGAUUUGCCAGCUCUAGUUCACUGUGAUUGCAAAGUAAAACAACUGAUUAUGGGUAUCGUGCA